UUGCGGAUGUGUUCAGUUUCAUCUAUUGCACUUCUGUCCGAGCUGUGGUACCAUUUGACUGUAGUCGGGCCUCGGUGAAGAUGAGCUCUGGGUUGGUUUGUGGGCCAUCAGGGGUUCAGCAACAAGCGGCCAGAGGCUCACAUGGAACAAUGGGCUUCAGAUGAAAAAGAAAAAAGUUGUAUUAAUAAAUCCAGUGUGGACACAGAGAGCAGCAGAGUGAUGACACUUUCCUCCCUCAUCUCUCCCCCGCUUCCAGUUGGUUUCCUCCCAAAGAAAAAAAAAACCCAGGACCGUCUCCCGGCGGGGAGGGCCGGUGACCUUAUAGCCUCCAACCUGGCACCAGCACAGGCAUCGAGCGGCUGCGCCUCCACCGCAGAGACCGAGAGUCCUCCGGCCCUCCGAGUCACCUCCAUCAUGAACAAGGACAAGCAGAGCAGGCAGGGGCCGCCGGAGAGCGGCGCGCCCCUCUCCCCGGCCUCGGGCCACGCGAGGCCCGCCAGGAUGCCCAAGUGCUCCCGCUGCAGGAACCACGGCUUCGUGUCCCCGCUGAAGGGACACAAGCGCUUCUGCAACUGGAGGGACUGCGAGUGCGUCAAGUGCAAACUGAUCGCGGAGAGGCAGCGAGUCAUGGCGGCGCAGGUCGCCCUGAGGCGGCAGCAUGCUCAGGAGGAGGAGCUUGGGAUUUGUAGUCCGGUGACUCUGCCUGGACCCGAGGUUCUGGUGAAGAAUGAAGCUGGAGCCGACUGCCUGUUCUCUGUGGACGGACGAUCCCCGACACCGACCGGCAGCGCCUCCGCUUCCUCUCUGGCUUUCACAGGGAGUCGCUCGGCAUCAUCCUCCAGCCCGUCGGCCGGUGUUAGGGCUCAUGCUGAGGGAGCGUCCGACCUGCUGAUGGAAACCUCCUAUUACAACUUCUACCAGCCGUCAUGCUACCCGACCUACUACAGCAACCUCUACAACUACCAGCAAUACCAGCAGAUGUCUCACAGUGACAGCCGCCUGUCCAGCCACAACAUGUCCUCUCCGUACUGCAUGCACUCCUACUACCCAGCAGCCACCUACCUGACCCAGGGUCUGGGCUCCACCACCUAUGUGCCGCCCUUCCUCAACCUGGACGACAACAACAACAACAACAAUAACUACUCUGACACCAUGGCAGCCUCCUUCUCACCCAGCAACGUCACCGCCGCUCAUGACCCCACCAUGACCUGCAGGUCCAUCAGCUCCCUGCUGAACUCCGACAUCAAGGCUGAGUGCGAGGUCAGCGACGAGAUGGCCGACUUCUCCAUCAACACCACCAUCGACGUGGAUGGCAUCAAUUAAAGAAGCUAAGGAUACGACGAAAGCAUUUUUGGACUUAAUUGUUCUUGUAAAGCAGUUUAAUGGUUCAGCUGUUUGUUUUUAACUGACUUUUUUCCUGUAGCCAGUUCAGCAGCUGGAGAGUUUAAAACAUGUGAAAUUAAGGAUUUAAAUGAAUGUGGAGCUCCAAUGUACCAAUUAACACUCACGUCAUCGUCACGUUAUAUUUACUGUCUGCUCGGAGCCGGUUUCUGCCCCUUAGCCUGUUCGUACAUCAGCUCAACCGGACGUUACACAGAACUGGUGAGAUCAAGUCUGUCUAACGUCCUGUUCAGCUGAUUUCACACGUGCACGUCCUCCGGGUGACGGACAUUCAUACUCUGGGUUCUGUGCACCUCCGUCAAGGUGACAAACAAGUUUCUUCUCGCUGUCAGGGCAGAACUGACAACGAACAGUAGCCAACACUUCAUUUAUGGCGGGGUACUUUUUGGAUGGGGAAAAAGGAAACUGUGCCACCAAUUUUAUUUUGAAAGGGCAACGGCAAAUAAGGGGACUACCAAAACUCUGCUGGCUGACUAAUGCGUCUGAGGAAGUGGGAAUACACAGGUUGUUUAAAAGUGCGAUUGAUUCCCAUCACCUCGAGCAGAGUUUCUGUUUUUGGUUUUUUUCCUGUUGCGUCAUGUUCAGUGUCAAAAACGUCAAAGCGCUCUCUAACCCUCGCCGUCCCGCCGGAUUAGCGCGUUGUCGUGUUUCCAUCGCUGCCGCUCGGAGCCGGAGCCGAUAGAAACCCGUGUUUGCUGCUGAGUCAUUUGACUCGGGAGUGACUGACGAUUGUUUCUAUUCUCACUGCAGAUAAAACGAGAAGUGGCUCAGUGGUGUAAAUUCAGUCUCUUACCAUCGACCAAUGCUUUAACUUCGUCACCCACGAACAUUUGGGCGAUGUUAAGAUAAUUGUAAUUAUUGACAAAUAUCAGCUCGCGCUUCAGAAUGAGGCCGUUGGUUCCGACAAUUUUUUACUUGUUUUCAAGUAGUUAAGUGAUUUUUUUAUUAUUCGAUAUAGAAAGUGAUGUCAUAUUAAAAUCCUUCGUAGUUUCCAUUAACUGUAGUUUCCAAACGUUACGAGUCAGGAAGUGUUUCCAUUGUAGUCAGCGAAUGAUUUGUUUCAUUGGUCAGAUAUUAGUGAAAUGUUUUUGACAAUCAGACGACAAACUUGGCGUUUGCCGACAAAUUCUUGCUGAACUGGAAAAACUCAAAUGUCAGAAAUGAAAUGUGACAUUGCAGUAACUUUGUAUGACUAAUUCUUCAGCUGUGGUCCAGUGGACCGGUCGACUGAAAUCCUCCUGUCGUUCUAAGUUUCCACUGAUUUAGUAGUUUGUAAGUUAAAAGUUAAAAUUGGACACAUGUUGUAUGAGUCGCAACAA